AUGGGCCAGCGGCUGGGUUUCGGCAGGUGCUGCCAUAUCGUUCUAUUUUUGUUCUUGGCGGGUUUCUUGCUCACCACCGGCUCGUCCGCCUCGGUACCGAAGGACAGCCGGGCCGAGACGUUCCAGAACCCCGUCCUGUAUGAGGACUAUCCCGACAACGAUGUCUCUGUAGGGCCGGAUGGAGCAUUCUACUUCUCAGCCUCCAACUUCCACUACAGCCCCGGCGCCCCGAUCUUGCGGUCGUUGGACCUCGUGAAUUGGGAGCCUGUCGGCCAUUCGAUCCCUCGCCUGACCUUUGGCGAUGGCUACGAACUCCCGCCUGGCGGUCCGAGGGCCUACCGGGGAGGAACCUGGGCAUCGAGCCUGAGGUACCGCGAGAGCAAUGAAUUGUGGUACUGGGUCGGGUGCGUCAACUUCUGGGUCACCUGGGUCUUCACCGCCAAGUCCGUUGAUGGACCAUGGACAAACAGCGCCAACUUUGGAAAUGAAUUCUGUAUGUAUGACAACGGCCUGCUCAUCGACGACGACGAUACGAUGUACGUUGUCUACGGCAGUGGACAAGUCAAUGUUUCGCAGCUCAGCACGGAUGGCCUGAGCGUGGUGAAGUCCCAGAACGUUCUCCAGGCCUCGGAUGUACCCACAGAUUCGCUGGAAGGCAACAGGAUGUACAAGAUCAAUGGCACAUACUACAUCCUCAACGACGAAUACGGAACAACCUAUAUCUGGAAGUCAAGCAGUCCGUGGGGGCCCUACGAGUACAAGAUCCUCGUACAGGACGUCGCCACACCCGUCCCGGGCGGCAGCUCCCCCCACCAGGGCAGUCUUGUCCAAACAGCCGAUGGAAACUGGUACUACAUGUCGUUCACCUGGGCAUACCCGGCAGGCCGCAUGCCAGUCCUGGCCCCCGUGACGUGGGGCGCCGACGGCUACCCCGAGCUGGUCAAGGGCUCCAACGGCGGCUGGGGCGCGAGCUACCCUUCACCCCUACCCCCUCAGCCCCUCUACAACUGGACGCGGACCUACAACUUCGAGGGGCCCGGGCUGCCGCCGACCGUCACGGGGGACAUCUACUCGGCGCGCAACACGCUGACGCACCGCAUCCACGGGGAGUUCCCCACGGGGACGGUCGAGAUCGACUUUAGCGGCGCCGCGGACGGCGACAGGUUCGGGCUCGCUGCGUUCCGCGACCAGACGGCCUACGUCGGGAUCCACCGCGACGGCGGCGCGUAUACCCUCAAGGCCGUGCAGAACAUCACCAUGGACGAGUGGUCCGGCACGACCACCGGCGCCGGGCAGGAGGUCGCCUCCGCGCCUGUGCCCGAGGGCGCCACGAGGGUGUGGUUCCGGGCGGAGCUUGACGCCCGGGCUUCGGGGACGAGGGCUGCCAACUUCUUGUACAGCUUUGAUGGUGUCGAUUUUGUGGGGCUUGGGCCGACGUAUGAGCUGUAUUCUGGCUGGGCCUUCUUCAUCGCGUACCGGUUCGGUAUUUUCAACUAUGCUACCAAGGACCUGGGAGGUUCGAUCAAGGUCGAGUCUUUCACAGCUGCGUAG